GUUUACUGGAACUACAUGUUAUGUGACCUAACAGGUGAAGGAGCUUCAAGGUCGUUUGGAUGAAGAUCGAAAAACAUUGGAAGAUCAAUUAAGGUUGGAAGAAGAGCAGAGAAAUCACAUUCUCCAAGAAAAGGAGAAAGUGCUCCAUCAGUUAGAAGAGGAAAAGGCCAACCUUGAGCGUGUAUUAGAAGAAGAACGCCAUCGUCUGCAGGAGCAACUUGAGGCGACAGAGUAUCACAAAGAAGAAUUACGACAGCAGUUAGAAGCCAAAGAAUCUGCAAUCCUUGCUAAAGAAGUUGAAAAGAAGAAGGCAGAACAGGAGAAAGAAAGGUUGGAAGAUGAGUUGGCAAAGGAGCGACUCAGACUUGCAAAGGAACUAGAAAGCGUUAAAAAUCAUUAUGUAGAAAAAGAGCGGAAAAAUUUCCUUCUUGGCUCUAUGCUGAAAGAGAAGGAAGAGUCGUUGCGUACUGAAUUGUUAAGUGGCUUACAAAAUGAAUUGCAAACCCUGGAAGCCCAAAAUAUGUCCUUAGAACAGGAACUUGAGUCAACAGCUGUAGCAACAAAAUAUGCGAGGGAGGAAGUGGUGGAGUCUGUCUCUGGCGUCUUAGAGAAUGAGCUUCAGUGCUCUAUCUGCAAUGAACUCCUCAUUACUGCCAUAACGUUGAACUGCAGUCACACGUUCUGUAAAUAUUGCAUCGACCGGUGGAAGAAAAACAAGCAAGAGUGUCCAAACUGUCGUGCUUCCAUAACGUCAGAGACACGAUCUUUAGUUGUAGAUAAUUUCAUUGAAAAAAUUGUGCCAACUCUGUCUGAAGAAAUGAAGAAGAAGAGAGCAGAUAUUGUUGCUGAGAGAAAAGCUGAAAUAGAAGUAUGCUCUUUGGCCCAGGCUGCAGCAGCAACACAAAGGGGAAGAAGAGGAAGGAGAAGAGGAGCAGGAAGACAAAAUGCUCCAAACAGAGCUGGAUGGGAGGAUCAUGCUCAGUUUCAAAUCAUCAUACUCCCUCUUCAAGAAGAAGCUGUGAGUGUAGUUGAUAAUAAUAGCAGGACGAAUAUUCCACAAGGACGUACUGCUCCAAUAAUUGAGAGUCUACCAGUACAUCAAAGGCAAGGUAUAUCUGAUUCAGUAGUUCCUCCCGGGAUUGGCAGAGGUGGCAGCAAUCCGUCACCUAAUAAUGGAAUUGAAGCACCUGGAGGAUCUACUGCUACUGACAGUUCUCGGAGCAGUCGAACCUUGAGAAGGCCGGCAGCCAGACCAUCCAUGCGAGCUAAUAGUGGUUUGGGUGCUGCAGAAGAUCCCAUUGUAUUAGGAGCUAAUGAACCACUCUCAACUUACAGAGUGAGUCAAAGACAAGGCCGAUCACAAACCGGAGGAAACCAGACUGGACAUCCUCCUGAUACAAGAAACCCCCAGCCUCAAAGAAAUGAGCCACAGUCUCCUGUACCUGGGACUUCAGGAACAAUAACAGUGAGGAACAGCGAUGAUUUCACGGAUUCAGACUCAUCCACAUUGUCGGGGGAUGAAAGUUAUUAUGGGGGUUAUGGGCGGUGCUUCAACUGUGGUCGUCGUGGUCACUGGGUCAGCGGCUGUCCUUACAACUGGUAAGACUCCAUCAACAUUCAACUUUCAUUUGCAUAUUUUGAUACUACAAGACUGGACUCCGCUCCCUCAUAUCAACUGAAUAUCCUCGCAUAAAGUGUUUUCCUUCUGUAUAAACUAAAGUUUUGCAAAAAUCAAAGUGUGAUAUUUUUGUCUCAAAUAAUAUGUCAGUGGAAUGACCUCACUCUGACGGCAAAGCUGAGAAGGCGUCGGUCAGGAAAGCAACGUGAUAAAAGAAUCUCAUAAAUACCAGACUUAAGGUUCAUAAUGACAACAGCUUCAUUUAUAUACGCUCCUAUAUUGCAUCAAAUCUGAACUGUACUUGAUGCCUCUGAACAUUCCAGAAUGCUCAAAUUUGGAUGUACUGUAUUAUUUGAAUAUUUUUUUUUCCCACCAGUUGGAAAUCAUAUGCAACUGCCAUUGUUCAGUAAUCUUUAUUUUGUACCAUUUUCAAAGGUGUCAGAUUAUUUAAGGGGUAUAUUUUUAUUCCCGUCUGUUGAAAUCGUUCAAUUUAUAGAAAAAAUUUCAAUCUCAUAGUACAGUACAGUAGUCCUGUGAACUAGAGAUGUGUUGAUUAAUUCACCAGUACUGUAGUGACUCCUUUUAUGUUGAUAUAUAAUACAGGAUAGUAUUUUCUACUUUGUUUUAUUUAUUUUUUUUCAUAAAAUUUUCGCCCCAACUGCUUUUCCCAUCCCCUUUGUGUGAGGUUUGUUUAUGUCCUUAAUCCAACACUUCACAUAGGAAUGGGAAAAGGUAACAGCUAAUGGGUAGAUAUGUACUGCAGUAUAACAUUUUAAUUAACAAGUGCUCUACUAUACUGUAUAUGGUAAGGGACAGGAAUGGGCAAAUAUUGUUUUGUUUCCUUUCAAUUGCUUGUCUAAGUUUGAUAUGUAAUGUAAAAGAAUUAUUUUAUGUUUGAAAUAAAAGACUUUGAGUGCUAAAUUUGUUGUUACAAAAAGUUUAAUGGUUAUGUUUUUUUCCUUUAUGUAAUAAUGUCAUGGUCCUCAGUAACCUUUUACCUUUAUGUAAUAAUGUCAUUGUCCUCAACAUUUUUUCUUUUAUGUAAUCAUGUCAUGGUCCUCAGUAACAUUAUUUAGAUAUGUUGCCCAACUCAGGUAUGUUUCAUGUUCUGGAACUGUACUUCAAUUAUUUGAAUAUAAAAGUUCAGUACAGUAUCAUAAUUAAAUGAAGUGAUAUAUAAAAAGCAUAAAUUUUAUUUUAUUUUCUGUGGAAGAAGUUGAAGUUUUUAUUUGAGGCCAUAGCUCUCUCCUGUACUUGAUUAGUCUUCUUUAUCUUAAAUAAAUUGAAGAUCUUGUGGGUUUUUUA